CGCUUCCUCCGCGUCCGCCGAUGGGAUCUUCGAGGGGCGAUAGAGAUCGCGAAUAUAGAAGGAGGAGUAGUCCUAGCCCGCCGCCUUAUCGAGAUCGCCGUCAUUCUCCUCCUCGCCGUUCGCCGCCUCCUGGAGGGUUCAAGAGAUCGAGGAGGGACGAUGGAGGUUAUGAUAGAAGACGAGGGAGUCCAAGGGGAGGGUUUGGAUCAGAUGACAGGUAUGGUUAUGAAUAUGGUGGAGGAUAUGACCGAGGUGGUCCAGGAGGCAGGGGCGGGUAUGAUGAUAGGCCUCGUGGUCGCUACAUGAAUCGUCAGUCAGAUUGGCUUGAUUCAGGUCGUGGUGGUUAUGGUGAUAGUUCAAAUGCUGGAGGCGCCCGGAGGGAGGGUUUGAUGUCAUACAAGCAAUUCAUUCAAGAGCUUGAAGAUGAUAUAUUGCCAGCUGAAGCUGAACGCAGGUAUGAAGAAUACAGGUCAGAGUACAUUUCUACUCAGAAACGUGCUUAUUUUGAAGCCCACAAAGAUGAAGACUGGCUCAAGGACAAGUAUCAUCCUACUAACUUAGUUACUGUUAUCGAAAGGCGGAAUGAACAAGCAAGGGUUGCCGCAAAAGAGUUUUUGCUUGAUUUGCAAAGUGGAAUUCUUGACCUUGGCCCAGGUUUGACAGCUUCCACUUUAAACAAGUCAGAGCACGGUAGUGAUGCAAACUCCGAGGAUGAAGCGGAGAAUGGUGGCAAAAGGAGAAGACAUGCAAGGGGUCCAGCAAAGGAUAGUGAUCUUCUUUCUGCAGCUCCAAGAGCUCCCCCUGUCAGUUCUGAAUCUCGGCGAAUCCAAAUUGAUAUAGAACAAGCUCAGGCUCUAGUUCGUAAGCUUGACUCUGAAAAGGGCAUCAAGGAUAAUGUUCUUUGCAGUAGCGAUAGUGAUAAAUCUGAUGGACAAAAAUCACAUGGUGGAUCCAUGGGACCGAUAAUAAUAAUUCGAGGCUUAACAACUGUUAAGGGACUUGAGGGAGCUGAGCUGUUGGAUACACUGAUUACCUAUUUGUGGCGCAUCCAUCAUUUAGAUUACUAUGGAAUGUCUGAGAGAAAUGAUGCCAAGGGUCUUCGGCAUGUGAGAGCAGACAAUAAGACUACUGAUGUAUCUUCUUCGACCGGAGCAGAGUGGGACAAAAAGCUUGAUUCUUUUUGUCAGGAAAGAUUGCAGGGUCAGGAUCCUUUGGAAACAAUGACAGCCAAGGAGAAGAUUGAUGCUGCUGCUGCAGAGGCUCUAGAUCCGCUUGUCAGAAAGAUAAGAGAUGAGAAAUAUGGCUGGAAGUAUGGAUGUGGAGCCAAGGGUUGCACCAAACUCUUUCAUGCUGCUGAAUUUGUUCAUAAGCAUUUGAGACUCAAACAUCCUGAGCUUGUGAUUGAACUGACUUCAAAAGUUCGAGAGGAUCUUUAUUUUCAGAAUUAUAUGAACGAUGCAAAUGCUCCUGGUGGGACUCCUAUCAUGCAGCAGCCUGCACCGGACAAGGCCAUGCGACGAAGGCCAGUUUCAGAUCGGCUGAGAGACGAACGUGGAAAUCGUAGGUAUGAUAGGGCUGAGGGGUCACCAUCUGGUGAUGCAAACGGUGGGCCUAUCGGGGGUCAUCCCGAUGAGCAAAUGUAUGAUGCAUAUGGCGGACAAGGAUUGGUUGGCGCUCCUCCUUUUCCUGAUGAUAUUCCUCCUCCACCAGUUCUUAUGCCUGUGCCUGGAGCAGGUCCGUUGGGGCCUUUUGUUCCUGCUCCACCAGAAGUUGCUAUGCGCAUGUUAAGAGAACAGGGAGGACCGGCUCCUUUUGAAGCAAAUGGGGGUCCUCGUGGACGAAAAGGAAGACCUGGCCCUGGCCCACAAUUAGGUGCUCCAGCACCAAUACUUGCUAUGCCUCCAGCAAUGCGACACGAUCCUCGUCGUAUACGAAGUUAUCAAGACCUUGAUGCUCCAGACGAUGAAGUGACGGUUAUAGAUUACAGGAGUCUGUAGGCUUUUUAUGUUUGCCGGAUCUGUUAAUUUCGGGAGCCAAAUUAGUACACAGUGGACUUGGAAUAUUCUCCGUGAGGCUAAUCCCAGAGAUUUCCUGGUAUUGUACUUAACUGUUUUCUUACCUGACACAAGUCAAAACACGUAUUUAAGAUGUCUUAAAAUUUGUUAGAACAAGGACAACAAAUCAAAUUGUACUGUGUAUUGGUAACCGUGGUUUAUGCAUCUUGUUUAGAGUUAAGACAGGACGUUUUCCCCCCUUUCUUGGAAGCAUGUUUUAGUUUUGCUUGUAGCUUUGUGAUUGUGAACUUGCUGAUAUGUUGAUGUUUGAACUGAAAAUGAGAAGUAAUGUGUGAAACUACUUAU